AGCAAGAAGAAAAAACAAAUAAAUACAAAAGCCAUCAUAGGUAAUCCGUUAAAUCGUUCAAGAUUUAUUUGAUAAGCAUUUGUGUCCUAGCAGGGAAACAUGGCAAUUUGGGGACAAAAGCCAUCAUAGGUAAUCCGUUAAAUCGUGUUUUUCGUUGAUUAUUUUCUAUAAAGAUUCACAACUUAGAAGUCUCGAUAAAGUGAUGAAGUGAGAUUGCCGUUUCGGAAUGUUCUAUGUUUUUUCAGGAGUAGCAACAUUAGGAGCUGGAAUUGGGAUCGCCCUUAUUUUAAUGCUUUCCUUCCAGAAGAAACCAAUGAUAAGAAGAAUUAUGGCUUUGAUAAAGCAAAGGAGUGAGUAUUUCGAUGGCGAAAAGAAAAUCGAGGGACUCAUCUCUUCGAGAAGGUACAUCGAUAAAGACAUCAAGAGGAUAACCAACUCUUUCAAAGAAAAGUUAGGCCAGGGAGGCUAUGGUUGUGUGUACAAAGGCAAGCUUCAAGAUGGCCAACUUGUGGCAGUGAAGCUUCUAAAGAAGUUGAAAGGCGAUGCCGAAGAAUUUUUCAAUGAAGUUGCGAGCAUAAAUAGGACUUCUCAUGUCAAUGUUGGCAACCUCUUGGGAUUCUGUUUUGAAGGAAGCAAAAGAUCUUUGGGUUAUGAGUUCAUGCCUAAUGGAUCCCUUGAAAAGUUCAUAUUUAAUAGGAGUAACAUCAUUGGAGUUAGAUCAACUAUUGAGUUGGGACACAUUGUACCAGAUUUCCCUUGGCAUAGCUCAUGGGCUAGAGUACUUGCAUAUAUGAUGCAACAUGAGGAUGUUGCAAUUUGACAUAAAGCCCCACAACAUUCUCCUCGAUGCAAACUAUUGUCCCAAGAUUUCUGACUUUGGUCUUGCCAAAAUAUGCCCAAGAGAAGAGAGCAUUGUGUCAAUGCUAGGUGCCCGAGGCACUGCUGGAUACAUUGCUCCAGAGCUUAUCAUAAGGAACAUCGGAGGGGUUUCUCAUAAAUCAGAUGUCUAUAGCUAUGGCAAGAUGGUUCUGGAGAUGGUCGGUAGAAGGAAAAUCAACCAAGUCACGGUAGAUCGUACUAGUGAAGUAUACUUUCCUCAUUCAGUCCACUAACGUCUAGUGCUUCGAGAAGAUCUUGGGUUGCAUGGGAUCACAAAUGACGAGGAAGAAGGAAUCACAAAGAAGAUGAUUGUAGUAGGCUUAUGGUGCAUUCAGAUCAAUCCAAGAGCUCGACCUUGUAUGACUCAAGUUGUGGAGAUGCUAAAAGGAAGUGCCGAGGCCUUGCAAAUUCCUCCAAAACCAUCCUUGUCAUCAUCCUCAAGAGUGCUGGAGGCUUGUCCAUGUGAAAGUUCUUCUUUGCAAGAGAGUAAUGACUCGAGUUGUCAUUAUUCAAUUUCACUUAUAGUAGACUAACAUAGUUUGUAAUAGAGUAUAUAAAAACACUAAAAAAGGCUGUCAACAUUUUAAUUAAUGACUAUUGAGCUUUUCAUGAACUUGUGAUCAAAUGUCUAGAUUAAAUUCCUAUGAGUAUGAUGGAAAAGCAAAGAAGUG